GCGAACAUGGCGAAGACGUACGACUAUCUCUUCAAGCUGCUGCUCAUCGGCGACUCGGGCGUGGGGAAGACGUGCGCGCUCUUCCGCUUCUCCGAGGACGCCUUCAACGCCACCUUCAUCUCCACCAUCGGUAUUGAUUUUAAAAUCAGAACUAUAGAGCUAGAUGGCAAGAGAAUUAAACUGCAGAUAUGGGACACCGCCGGGCAGGAGCGAUUUCGAACCAUCACAACCGCCUACUACAGGGGAGCAAUGGGCAUUAUGUUAGUCUAUGACAUCACCAAUGAAAAAUCUUUUGAAAAUAUUCGGAACUGGGUCAGGAAUAUUGAAGAGCACGCCUCUCCGGAUGUUGAAAAAAUGAUCCUUGGGAACAAAUGUGAUGCAAAUGACAAAAGGCAAGUUUCUAGAGAGCAAGGGGAGAAGCUUGCUGCAAGCUUUGGAAUUAAAUUUAUGGAGACCAGCGCAAAAGCAAAUAUAAACAUAGAGAACGCAUUUUUCACUCUUGCAAGAGAUAUCAAAGCAAAAAUGGACAAGAAGUUGGAAGGCAAUAGCCCGCAAGGCAGCAACCAGGGAGUCAAAAUCACACCAGACCAGCAAAAGAAAAGCAGCUUUUUCCGAUGUGUUCUUCUGUGAGGAACACGGCCUUAACCUGAGCGUCCGCUCAACUGAACUGGACUGUGCCUGUUCUGAGUGAGAUUUCCUCUGUCUGUGGACUUAGCAUUCGCAACAUACCUUGUCACUUUGUGACCAUCUGAAUAAGAAAUUGUUUAUUUUAGUAAUUGUCUGACUCUUCAAUUUUGGAGACAGAACAAGUUUAUUUUUGUCAGAUUGCCACUGGGCAUGCCUGUUGUCUAGCAGAGGGAGUACAGAUCAAACGUGACCUGUGAUACACACCUUUGCUGACAGGCUUCAAUCUUUUUGUUCAUAUCUAUAACGUAUCCAAAUUAGAAAGAUUAAGUUAUGAUCGAGAUUAGAAACUGAAAUGCCAAUAUCAAUAAAGUACAGGUAUGCGUACCUGAUAGAUGUGCAUAUCCAUGUCUAUAGAUGCAUAUAGAACAGUCGCAUCAAAACAUCAAAUGAAGUGCUUAGUAAGCAGUACAGGCUGAUACCUUUUCAGAAGGUAGAAGGAAGCUUUCUGCAUCUCCACCUCUUUGCUACUACAGAGAAAAUCCUUUAUCUGCCUGUUACUUAUUCAGUUGUGUUAUUCUAGACAAUCCACAAGUACAAUUGAAGUUUAAAAAAAAAAUCCUUCUCAAAGGAAUCUCUAUUUUUUUAAAAAAACCAAAGUGUGCUGUAAAUAUAAUGGACCCUUACCAUCAGGAGUGACUUUAUCUGUGUUAGACGUGACUGUGCUUAAUUAAGUACUGCAGACAUUUAGACGCGUUUAACAGGAGAGGGUAGCUACAGUGAGUCCCGUGCCAACGAUCUGUCGUCUGUUCUUAGAGAAACAGACCCUGGUUGGGGUAGGGACGCUUACUCAAAAGUUGUAACGUUACAGUGGGCGGCUUUUCCUUCUCUGGUUGAGAAUGACUCCAGAUCUGUCAUGACGUAGUAGCUAGUUUUAAAUUGCGACAAGAAAAUGUAUUGCACUGCUUCCAGUUGUGUGUUCUCAUGCACACUUGCUCACAUAUGCAAAUAAAUGUUGCACAUACGAACACUUUCUGAAACAAACUUUUUUAAACUGAGAUUUGCCUUGCUGCUGCGUAGUGAUCAUUUCAGAUUUCAAGCAGCAGCAAAGCUGUUAAUAGCGUGCAUCAAUGCAAAUGAUGUUUCGUCCUCAGUGGAAAUAUUCUAUGUAUUUAUUCCUAUAAACACAGUCUAUUACAUUCCGAUGUAUAAAAUGUGACGGCCAAGUAAAGCUCCUAGGUGGCUGACUGCUCUCAGCUCAGAGGCUGUAAGCCUGACUCUGAAGUAGACUGACCAAAGGAGCCAGUAAGAGCCAUCUACUUCGAAGUCAAGCGAUGGGAAUUACGGUAUAUUUAAUUCAAAUGAACAUAUCAGCUGUGUCCUGCAACUCACUGGAAUUGUGACCGUGCUCUGUUUACAUUGACAACUGCACUUAAGGGUAAAAUUAAAGCUGAUUUUAAAGUCAAUGCAUUUACUCACCAGUUUUGUUUUCUUCAAGUUUGUGGUAUUAUAUUCUGGCCUCAGAGUAGCGCUCUGAAGUGGUAGUGUAGUUAAAGACCUAUCAGAUUCAUCAUCAAACUUUAUAAAUCUGCAGCAUGCAGUUGGGCUCAACAGGAAUAUUGCCUGUUUUUCUAAAAUGGAAAAAGGAAAUCUUACUGUAUAAGUUAGUGGUUUAUAAAAAUGCUUUUUAUAUGUGACCAACUUUUUUUUUUUUUUGAUCACUCGCAGAUUACAAUGAGCUCUGUUCAUGAUUAGAAUCAUACGUAAAAGUUUCCUCUAACCAGAACCUUAUGAUGGGUUUUUUUGUUUACUUGUGGCUUUUUAGCAUGAAGACUUGGGGAACGUGCAUCACAGUGGAUUACAUGCAGAUGUAUCUGUAGGGUAAAAUCACGUUAAGCUACUGAAGAGCCUUCUAGUCAGUAUGUGCUUCAAAGUGUAGUUAUUACAGAGCUCUAGAUCGGACAAGCAAUGCUUCUGCCUUGAGAUAAGGUUGCUUUUAAAACAAGACUUCGUGUACACUUCAAGAAAUUACUGAGGCAGAAUUGGGGAGGUGAUGAGGGCAUGGUCCGAAGGUUGUUUUCCUGUACCAAACAGAUCUGUUUAACAGCUUAGUAGUAAAUGUGGAUUGUCUCCCAUCCAUCCUUCUACUUGAGUAUAGCCAGACGUUGCAGCCAGGCUUAUUGUUCGAAGCGACUGGAAAAAUCAGGGGUUAAUCUAACUUGAUAUCAUGGGCUGUCCACCACGAUACUGGGUAUUGCCUGCUGACAGUAUCUAAAUCAAUAACUCGUCUUGAGAUGAGAAAGAAAACUAUAUUCAUUUACAAAUGAUUAAA